CAUUCAUCGGACAUUAACAAAUACCUAAAACUGUACCGAAAUAACAUAAGCUAUUUCGCAGAAAUCAAUCUGUUUACGCAAUCUCAUAAAAGAGAUAUUGGAUAUCGUACCCUUCAAGGCCUUGGGCAAUAUUUAAGGUCAUAUACAUGGUUUUCUGUUUCUGCAAUCUAAAGAAUAGGUAGUAGCCCAAACCACUGUUAAUGUGUGGUAUAGAAGUAUUAGAAGAGGUGAAAAAGUUAGCUGGAGACGAUUCUAAGUACGUUGCCUUAAUAAAUGACAAAACUACACUACAAGGACUUGUCUUACUACUUUCGAACAAAAAUAACACAGUUAUUUCAUCAGUGUUGGAAACGUUAAAAAUUAUAUCUGGCCGGCCAGGUGGCAACGAUGCUUUGCAAUCAUUAUUGGGAUUAAAUGAACAGCUAAAUGAACUAAUAAAAUCCACUAAAUCUGGUGGUAGCGUAGCUGCUCAGUCCAUUUCCAGGAGCGCUGAGGAACUUUUAGCUUUGCUUAAUAGCUCCAAUAGACAAGGUCCUCCCAGACCCAUAAAAACCAAUCUAGAAAAAUCACACCGUACGCUUAGACCAAAGAAUGUAGUUUUACAACUCAGAGGAAUAACAGACGAGGAUGAUAUUGAAAUAGUAUGUGCAAAGCUCUUGAAAAUUCGCGGCGUAGUCAGUAUAACAUUCCAGUUGCAAAAACAUCGUGUUAUUGUUUGCACGGUACCUUCGUUAGAUCCUGAAUGCCUUAUACAUGCAGUAUCUUCAGUUAAAGACAACUCAGGUCGGUCAAAUGACACGUGUCAAACAGAUUUGACCUGUCCUACAAUCACAGCCCAGAUUGUCAAGAAAAAACACAGAGCACAAUCCUUAUGCAGACACAGUUCAUUCAGCGGUUUAAAAUAUAGACAAAACUUGCAAAAUACUGAAAUCCCACCUUAUUUAGAAGAUGAUGCUGAUCUCUUCGAGGUUGAUGAAACAAGAGCUGCUCCAAAAUUAAUGGAUGCUCCAAGCAAAUCAGAUUCUUCUAAAGGUCCUAUUAGUUGGCUAUCAGAUUUCCUGGAAAAAUCACUAUUUUGGUGAAUUUAGUACAAUAUUUCCUGUUUCAUAGGUUUUACAUUUAUGCCAGCUACUGUAUUUAGAAAUAGAAAUACAAACUUUGUAUAACAUAUUUUCUGUAAUAGAUCUACAAUAUGUCAAUUGUCGUUUGAUUUCAUGGAUUACUGAGACUUUCUGUGCCAAGAUCCCAACUCAACUCUUCAUUACCAUAAUCUGCGACAAUAAUAAAUGACUGGAUACUUACAUCUGAUUUAGAUUACUAUGAGCAUUUUUACAACUCACCAACUACAGAUUUGUGUACUUGGCUUUGAGCUACACUUUUAGUAUUGAGGGUUGGGACUAGUAGUACCACCCGGUUGCCUAAACCAGAGUAAAUGGAAUAGGGUUUGAACCCAUGACUCUUAAAA